AUGCAAAUAAUUAAUAGUAAAAUUCGUGAUGACAUUGUUAAACAAUAUGCUCAAUACACAAAACGCGUUAAUGGUGAAAUGGUUAAAGAAUGGUUUGAACGUGGUGAUCGUCGAAAUUAUCAACAAACAUCGCAUGGUAGACAUGGAGAUACACAUUAUCGUCUGGAAAUAAGUAAACAUACAUUUGAACGAUAUAUUGUUCGAUUACCACGUAUGACAAAAAAUUUCUGUUUUUCAUAA